AUGGCUGUUCUAUAUCAUUCAUGUGAACUUCCGGAUGACAAGAAGAGGCACAAAUAUUGUCCACUGGGGCCAGAUAGCUGGUGCUCUUAUGAAGGACAAGGGACACUCCCGAGAAAGGACCAUAAUUUGGAUGCGGUUUUCUUGGAACGUUUGCGUCCUGAAUUCACUCGACUCAAUGAGUAUUCUCUUCUGUUUCGUUGCCUUCCUGGCUAUUCACAAAAUGUGAACGGAAGCCUAAACAGUCUUGUAUAUGGAACCGUGCCUCUAAAGACAGGUAUAAAGGGCCUCAAGUUGUGGAAACUGCAGUCGGUCUUGUCUGCUAAUAUUGUAUUUUAACUCUGGAACAGUCUCAAAACCAGAUGUUCUGGAACAGCCUGAAGACCAGAUGUUAUCGAAGCUGCAAACAUUCCAGGUGGUGAGCGCAACCUGGAAUGGUAUAUGAAGAAAUCUUGAACUGUCUGUUCCAGUGUGGGUAGUGCCAAUAAUAUGAACGUUCUGGAAUGGCCUUCGCUCGAAACGUCGAAAUUCUCCUUAUAUUUUUCAGGUAGUUACAUCCCUACCAAACAAAAGCUUGUUCAUGUAUGAAGAAAGAUGAGAAGAGGAUGUCACACUCCAUAUGAAAGGCAGAGUCGAAAGAAAAGUUGAGAAGAAGAAAGACAAGACACGCAAAGCCAGCUGCAAACCUACAAAAAGGUGAACCAUCAUAAAUAAGCCUGUGGAAUGUGCAACGACGUUGACCCUCUUGGCUAUGUUGCAUCAUCAUCUGAUGAUGAUUCAAUUGAUGACGACUAUCCAUUAUCUAGACUUCUGGCUGAUGGUGUAUCUGAUGAUAGUGAUGAUGCUCCAUUAGCUCAAUUAAUCAGCAAAAGACAACAAAAGUGA